GCAUUUCCUCUUCCGCUUUCGAAUAAAGACCGACAAACGAAAAUUUUGAUUAGCAUAAACUGAGGUUUCACCUAAGUUUUCGGAAUGGAUGAUAAAAUCAUAAAUUCUGAUGAACCUGGCAUGGUUGGAUUUGGCGGCUUGCCUAACCAAAUACAGAGAACUUUAUAUAAAAAAGGAUUUGAUUUUACACUAAUGGUUGUUGGACAAUCGGGGCUUGGUAAAUCGACGCUAAUUAAUACUCUUUUUCUCACCGACCUGCCAGCUAAGAAGAAAGGAAAUCAAAAAUUAAAAAUCGAAAGUUCUACUGUGGAGAUUGAAGAGAGGGGCGUGAAAUUGCGAUUAAGCGUAGUAGACACUGUCGGAUUCGGAGAUUCCAUCAACAAUCAAGAAGGGUUUCAGCCUAUUAUUAAAUACAUCGACGAUCAAUUUGAAAAAUACUUAAGAGAUGAAUCUGGUCUUAACCGACGCAAUAUUCACGAUUCAAGAGUGCAUUGCCUUCUUUAUUUUAUUGACCCAAGCGGUCACUGUUUGAAACCUAUUGAUAUCCAAUUUCUUAAAGAAGUUCAUAAUAGAGUAAAUGUUAUUCCUAUUAUCCCGAAAGCUGAUAUGCUUACAAUAAACGAACGACAAACGAUGAAGAAAAUGAUCAGACAACAACUCAUUGAGAAUAAGAUUUCCAUUUAUGAUCUACCACCCUGUGAGCCAGAUGAUGAUGAUAGCUACAAGAAAUUAUGCAAACGCAUAAAGGAUGCUGUCCCAUUUGCCGUAAUAGCAUCUAUGGAUAAGGUACCUAUUGCUAGUGCUGCAGGAAAAGGAACAGGAUUGGUAAGAGGAAGAACUUACCCUUGGGGAACCGUUCUAGUUGACGACGAAAAACAUUCAGAUUUUGUAAUACUAAAAAAGCUAAUAAUAACUCAUCUUCAAGAUCUUCAAGAUGUUACUCAUACAGUACACUACGAAAAUUAUCGAUCGAAAAAACUGAGUAAUGACCCCAAGAGAGCUAUGGCAUCAUCAGCUAGCGGCUUGUCACAAAAGGAAAGAGACUUGUUACUGAAGGAACAGGAACUUGAACAAAUGAAGAGAAAAUUGCAAGAAGAGCAAGAAAUGUUAAGGAAACAAAGAGAAGGGUUUAGAGCAAAGUAAAAUUUGUUUGAUAAAUGGAAUGUAUUUCCAAGUUGUAUUUAGUAAACUGAUCUGCGCUUCUUUAGUGUUAUUCUUUUUAUUUUAUAAGAGUAUCUUUUUACUAAAUCAUGUUUAAUGUGUUCACAACUACUUGAUUUGACAAAAAGAACACGGUGGCUAAACUUUAAAAGAUAUCGAAUUAUAUUUUUUUUACUCUAUUUGUUUUUGUGCUUUUUUUUUGCAUACAAGUUAGUCGACAGAAUCUGAAAAGUAUGAAUUUGAUACGAUAUAAAUUUUCAUUCAAAAUAAAAUUAAAAAAGUAAUGAUUUUGAUUUUUUUAAUUUAUAUUUUCACUUCAACCCCUUUACAUAGACAAUCAUAUUCACUAACAAAUGCAUUAUCCAUUAUAAAUUAGUUAUUUCUCUAAGUCUCCUGACCUCCGGUUUGUGACAAGUGUCGAACAAUAUCAACCCAAUCGUGCCCUCUUGGAAGUUCUCCUGUCGUCGAAAGUUUAUUAUACAUUCUUCUUUUUUGAGAUUUCGUCAAUUGCUCUUUUUUUAUUUUGACGUUUUUUGUUUGAAUUUCAGUGGGAACGUUCUCUUCUUUAUUUUCCGUAGAACUAGGUAUAAUAUCAGGAAUUAAUUCAUCAAUAUUUUGUUGUACAUGAUCAAAAAGAACGAAAGUCAUAGGCGAUCCCAAGUAAUGUUCUAUUUCAUUUUCUAUUUUUUGCUUUAUAUGCGAUUUGCAUUCAGAACUUAAGAAAUUAUUGUAAAAUAAAUCCAAAUUAAUAAGAGGACCUUCAUCAGGAUAGUUUUUAGUCCAUUCAAUCUGUACCAAAAGGGUCUUUUUUUCAUUUAUGGUGGAAGUCACCUUACAUUGGAAUGUAGUAUCAUUUAUAACUUUAAAAUUCUCAUCAUCAUCAUACAUUGCUUUAAUCGCCUCCCUCUCAUCGGAUUGUUGUUCUUCGAUACUCAUUCUUCCAACCGAUGAGUUUGAUUUGGUCACGUUUCUCUGAGCGAUAAACACCCAAUCUGAAAGGAAAACUGUU